AGAGAGAUAUAUAAGGGCUCCGUGGGUGCCGGCGGCGCUGCGGCUGAGACGGGGCGGCGGAGGCUGCUCAGUAGCUCCGCCCUUCUCUGAGGAGGUCGCGCGCGGGGACCUUGCAGAAAUGAGUGAUAUGGACUCAUACAAGGUGCUACUGGAUGGGCCGGCGCCAUGGGGCUUCAGGCUGCAGGGUGGCAAGGACUUCAACAUGCCACUCUCCAUCUCCAGGCUCACCCCCGGGGGCAAGGCAGCCCAAGCAGGUGUGGGAGUAGGUGACUGGGUGCUAAGCAUUGAUGGAGAGAACACGAGCUCCUUGACCCACAUUGAAGCACAGAACAAGAUCCGUGCGUGCGGAGACAAGCUCUCGCUCAGCUUGAGCAGAGUCCAGAAUCUCCUCGGCAAGCCUCAGAAGGAUGCGCUCCCUUCCUCCGAGCGCCCGAAAUAUAACUUCACUCCCAGCUCUGCCCUCAACAAAACGGCCCGGCCCUUUGGAGUCAGCUCUGCUCCAAACUCCCAGCCCGGGCUGGUGACGAAAUCGGUGCCAUACACUCCCUCUGCGUCCGUCUGCACCACACAGCACAAUGGGCAUUCUCUGCGGCUGGCAAGCCUGCCGGCCUUCCUCCCCAAUGACUCCAGCAAAAAGAGGCUCAUUGAGGACACAGAGGACUGGCGACCGCGGACGGGCACGACCCAGUCCCGUUCUUUCCGUAUCCUGGCCCAUCUGACAGGCACGGAAUUCAUGCAAGACCCGGAUGAUGAGCAUGUUAGGAAAGCCAGAGAAAAGUUUGUCUCGGAGCUUCAGAGCCCCCGUUACACUCGCCUGCGCGACUGGCACCACCAGCGAUCGGCUACCUCUCUGAACGUGCUCUCCUAGGCUGCCUGCGAUGGGCUGGCCUUUCUCUUCUCGACUCCGCUCUUCUCUAUUGCAUGCCGAUGUGAAUGGGAAGGGCGUGUUUCUGUCUGUCUCCUUCUAACUGGUUGAACAAAACUUUAAAAAAGCAAAACAACCCCCCUCCCCCCCAAAAUCCCCCCCCACUAGAAAUCCACAGCAACUCCUGGAAAUGUAGCAACUGAACUGUGUUGGGGAACGACUUGAGCAGGGGGGAACCUGAGAAAAGUCAGGAGUCUUCCGCAUUGGUGGCUGCUUCUCUUUGAGCUUCAUGUCACACCUCCAGCUGUGGAGGGGAUGGAAGAGGGUUCAUGUUGUUGGGCAGGAGGCUUGACUCUCCCAACUCUAAGCAAGAUGCUCUGGUACUACCAGGAAGCUGUUUCUAAACUGUGUUUUCUCUUCCCUGACUGAAGAGACAUUGGCUGUGGAGACCUCUGUAUGCUCCUUUCUGGCCUUCAUACUGAACCAAGGAGGCGGGGGGAAGGUUCUACCCAAUGCAAUAUGGCAUUGCACUGAGACCUCUUUCCUUUGGGACCUGCCGCAUUGAAUGAGCUGCCAGUGCUCUUCUUCCUGGCCAAGCAUUUCAGAGAGAGGGAAGUCGUUUCCUGACAUUCAUAUCUGGAAGGGUUCCUUUUCAACCCUGCAUGGGAUUUUUUAAAAACACUGUUAUUGGUAGUGGCUGAUCUUCCCCUUCCCUCCUUUGUCCACUGUUGAGUGCUGUUUCUCAACCCAUAAAACUUCUUCUCCUAACAGGCCUCUCCAGUUUAUUUUAUUUUAUCAGUGAAUGGUGAAUGCAUAUGCCCUUAGCCCCUGGUCCUUUCCCCAUCAUUGUUCUAUGAGUAGCUGGUUGUGGCUACCACUUUGAGGAAACGGCAAUCAUUCCUCUUCUAGAUGCCUGGUAAGGUCGUGAAGGCUUGCAGAACUUGCCCACCCAUAACGCUGUAAUAGAGGGAUUCCUUCUCUUCCCCAACCCCUCAAUGGUUAUUAGACUUGUCCUCCUUGAACUUGAUUAACUCCAUUAUACCUCAGUUUUUCCAAAGGCUCUCUGAUUUGGAAACACUUAAUAUGGCUGCUUGUGUUGGGCUUGGGGAAAAAACCCUAGGGGAUGGGACUUCUGGCUCUUUGGGUAACCUGCUUCCACAGCAGGCAUGUCCUGUUGCUUGGUGGAGGAAAUGCUGUGUGCCCCUUUCUCUCGAAAGAGUGUGUAAUCAUUGUUUUGACUGCAGGCAUGACACUAAUUCAGCUGCUAUAUCUGUAUGGUGCUGUAAUCCACCCACCCCCUGAGCUGCCUGGAGCCGAUGCCCAGGCAGGAGUUUGCAAUCUAGUUGGAGGCUGGCUUUACUACCUUUCAUUUUGUAGUAAAAUAAAUGCUCCUAUUCUCGUAA